UCUUUUUUUAAAACAGGAUCCAUCGAAAAAAGGUUCCCCGUAUUGGCAAAAGUAUGAAAAAGUUUCUGAAUUCUUCUAAAAUAUCAGAAAUAUCCCCUCUAGAUGAUAAUUUAACACGAAAUCUUAUCAAUGGGUUGAUUGCCCUUAUUUGCAUUUUAGGCCUGGUAGGUAAUGGAAGGACAAUUUACCUCUUGGCCUUUUCCAUUAAGAAGAAUCCUUUCACCACACUCAUCCUGAACCUCUCCAUCGCUGAUUUUGGAGUCCUCACAUCCCUCAUCAUGGCAGCUAUAGUUGUGGCGGUCUCAACUCUUUAUGCAGAAACUUACCUUGUCCAAACCUUUUUCUUCUUGUUUUUUGAGCUCUUUUCCUUCACCUAUUCUGCUAGCCAGUUUUUGCUGAUGGCCAUCAGCCUGGACAGGUGUGUGGCUGUCCUCUUCCCACUCUGGCAUCGCUGCCAUCGUCCACAAAAUCUGUCCAGCCUUGUUUGUAGUUUCAUCUGGAUCCUCUCCUUCCUGCUUUCUGUACUGCACUACAUUCUGUAUCAAACCAACAGCUUUGGACGUUCACCUGUGCUUUACCAGCUGAUUGUGAAUGGUUUACUUUGUACGCCUCUCAUGGUUGUGUCCACUGUGACUCUCUGGAUUCAUAUGUGGUCUAAAUCUCAACACAAUCAAAGGAAACUUCUCACCACUAUCUUGCUGUCUCUCCUCUUCUUCCUCCUUCUUUCUCUCCCAAUCGAUGUCUUAUAUGUCGUUUAUCAUUUUGGUUUACAUCGUGCUCUCCUCUUGACCAUUGGGAUAGGAUGUGCCACUCUCAACAGCAGCAUCAACCCGCUCCUUUAUUUCUUAGUGGGGAGGAAGAAGAGAGGAAAGGAUCAGCCCAGAGCAUCGUUGAAGAUAGCUCUACAAAGAGUCUUCAGGGAUGAGCAGGAGAGCUCAGAAGGGCAGCAAAGUACAAAGAGAGAAUUUUUGUGAAGCGUUUCUAUCACUGUACAUUCAUGUUUGAAAGCCAUAAAUUAUAUGUGUGUUCAAUAAAAAACACAAUUUAUUCAACAAAGUAGAUAACCGCCAAACAAUA